GGGGGAGGAGAAAUGGGCGGGAGGCCUGGGGGAUAGCUAGAGACCCGGCGAAUAUCGGGUUGUCAUGGAGUCUUGAGGCCCGGCUCGCGCAUGCGCCGGCUGACCUGCCGGGCUGUUGGUGGAGCGGCGACCCUGGCCGUAGAGCAGUCCAUAUGCGAAGAUCACCUGUGGUCCAGCUUCCAGCACACCGACCAUGGAGAGGAAAAUGCCAUCCAGAGAGAGCCCUCGAAGGCUCCCUGCCAAGCCAGGUCGAGGCCCAGAGGGGAAAAGAGUAGCUCGAGCGCUCGGCGUGGUGGCUGCUGACUCAGACAAGGACUCUGGCUUUUCAGAUGGGAGCUCAGAAUGUUUGAGCUCCGCAGAGCAGAUGGAAUCAGAGGACGUGCUGAGCACCUCAGGCUGCAGCAGAGAGGACAGGCUGCAGCUCAACUCCAGAGCUGCAGACAACGCCUUCCCUGCGCUGUCCCCGAUGCUGGUCAUGAAGAAUGUGCUGGUCAAGCAGGGCAGCAGCUCAUCCCAGCUCCAGUCCUGGACUGUCCAGCCCUCCUUUGAGGUGAUCUCAGCACAGCCACAGCUCUUUGUCCUUCACCCGCCGGUGCCAUCUCCUGUCAGCCCCUGCCAUACUGGUGAGAAAAAGUCAGAUUCCAGAAACUACUUGCCCAUUCUCAAUUCUUACACCAAAAUAGCCCCUCAUCCAGGCAAAAGGAGUCUUUCCCUCAGCUCGGAAGAAAGAGGAGCGAGUGGGGUACUGAAGAAAAUCUGUAAGGAGAGACUGGGCCCGGCCCUGUCUUCCAGCGAGCCAGCCAAGACGGGCCCUGUGCUCUCCAGUCCUUCCACUCCAGCCCCACCCAGCUCCAAACUCACCGAGGACUCAGCGCUGCAAGGAGUGCCCUCCCUGGGGGCUGGUGGGAGUCCACAGACUCUUCAGCCUGUGUCCAGUAGUCACGUGGCUAAAGCUCCCAGUCUGACCUUCGCUUCACCCGCCAGUCCUGUGUGUGCCUCCGACAGCACUCUGCACGGCCUGGAGAGCAGCUCCCCUCUUUCGCCGCUCUCAGCCAGUUACAGCUCACCGCUCUGGGCCGCGGAGCAGCUCUGCCGCAGCCCAGACAUCUUUUCAGAGCAGAGGCAGAGCAAGCACAGGCGCUUCCAGAAUACCUUAGUGGUCCUCCACAAGUCUGGUUUGCUGGAAAUUACUUUGAAAACCAAGGAGUUGAUUCGUCAGAACCAAGCAACUCAGGUGGAACUAGACCAACUGAAGGAGCAAACCCAGAUGUUUAUAGAGGCCACCAAGAGCAGGGCUCCUCAGGCGUGGGCCAAGCUGCAGGCCUCACUAGCGUCUGGAUCCAGUCAUUCAGGCAGUGAUCUAGACGCAUUGUCUGAUCACCCAGACAUUUAGCACAGAGGCAUUUUUCAGUUAUUUGGUUCUUUUACACUCUUACUAUCUCCACUUGUUUUCCACGGCCUAUUUAAGAGCUUUCUUUCUAAAUUCACUCACAAAGCCACGUGCCAGUCCCUGGCUGCCGUCUUAAUCUGUGGUUCACGCACAGGUUAAGUACAUUUAUGUUCUCUGAAGACCUCCAAUUGUCUCUGAAUCCCUUUUCCUUAGCCUGUGGGCACUUAGCUGGAUCCUGGGACAAAGGAGAGGUAACGGUGGGUGUCUCCCAGCUUCCCACUCACUGUCCAUGGUUCAAGGUCCAGUGAUAUAGAUGACACCUGUCAAACCACGGAGUCAGUGACCUAAGGAUCCCUUCACGGCCCGCCCGCAAGUAUCUUAGUCACAGAGAAAAAUAGAGGCUGUGUUUAUAUUCUAUCAGGCAUUGUGCCAGUUGGGUGAAACCUAAAAUGCUUUGGGCACAGGUUGUGCCUGGGUGUAAGCAUUUAAUCACAUGAGGCUUUGUUUCUUCCCCUUUAAGUUGUGGGAGAAAGGGCAGAGCGUCUGAUUCACACAUUGAUCAUACAUCAGAUCUCACACAAGUAGGCAUAUACUUCAGAUUUUUAAAAUAUAGAUUGGAUUUAGUACCAUCUGGAAUUGUAUUUGAUGAAUUGCUUUUUUGAUUAAAGGGUCAAAGAAGCCAGCAUUUUUUGUCACUAGCUGGAAGAUUUUGUUAGUUCAUGCUUGAAAUAGCACAACCUGUCUUAUAAAAAGCCUGAGACAGGACUGCAAGAUGGCUCAGUGAGCAAAGGAGCUUGCUGCCAAGACGGCUGACCUGAAUUGGAUUCCCUGGACCUCCAGGGUAGAAGGGGAGAACCAACCGCUGCAGUUUGUCCCUCACACAUACACACACACACUAGAUAUGUAGAUGAAUAUAAAAUUAAAAAACAAGCCUCCAUCAGCAUUAGCAAUCAGAAGCUUGAGACCUCAGGGUCUCUUGUCUGUGCCUCACCCAGCUCUUUCUGUGGGGGAAAAGUAACUGUGUUUUUAAACUCUGAAUUAAGUAAAGCCCUGAGGUUAGAAGAAGGCACAAAAGUCAGAAAGGAUCCUUCCCUGUAUUCACAUCUGAGUUCUGCCCAUCCCUGUGUCUCUUGUUAGCUGUGGCAGCAGGGCUGAAGUGUGGUGUUCCUCUCAGAAGCUGGCCUUAGGGGUGGGGACUAUGAGGAGGUUUAGAUGACACAUUCUUUACAAACCAUAAAGAGUCAAAGGAUUCUAUCGUCUUGUUUAAAAUUUUUAUCCCCUUAAAAAUCUUUGUCCUUCGCAGGUGUAGUUUUCUGCACAGAGAAAGAUACUCAUGGGGCUAUACUAGGUCCAGGGUUAAGGGUCACAGUUUUUUUUUUGUUUAUUUGUUUAUUUUUGUUUUAAGAUUUAUUUAUUAUGUAUAUGAUGUUCCUCCUGCCUGUAUACCUGCACAUCAGAAGAGGGCACCAGAUCUCAUUACAGAUGGUUGUGAGUCACCAUGUGGUUGCUGGGAAUCGAACUCAGGACCAGCCGGUGCUCUAAACCUCUGAGCCAUCUCUUCAGCCCAUGGGUCACAGUUUUUAAGGAGUUGGUUGUAAGACUCGGGUUAACUCUACUGUGUUCAUAUAGACAUAUGGUUUGGAUAUGACUAGUUAAAAAAUAAUCAACUUGGUAAAAUCUCUUUACUCUCUGAUCAACACAGAAUUAUUACCUGCUGUUUGCACUCUGAAAGAGUUUCCAAAAUCAGAGCCAGUGUCUCUGGACAGACUCAGCUCCUUGUGAUAUGCUUCCCCACAAUCUGUAUGGUAUCCUAGCCACUCCACUAGGAAGCUUCCUUUUUGGAAGAAUGUUUGGCAGGAAAGCUGUAGAGACAGGUGCAUUCAGAACAGUCUGGGCACCAGCCGCAAGUUUUACCAAGCAUCAGAAGGCUGGAAGCACUUGCUGCGAACCAAAUGUACUCCACUGGAAAAGCCCUCAGUGGAGCUAAGCCUCUUGGACUCUUCCUCCUAGAUAUGGCUUUUCAUUGCCCUUCCUGUCUCCAUAAAAGACGGUGAAAGCCACCAUAGAUCUUCACUGUUCAGUGCAGGGAGGGUCACCGCUCCUCUGUGAUCUUAGAGCCAUAACUGCAAGUCUCUAGUCUGUGUUCUGUUCCUGGUGGAGCUGGAAGCAGAUGGACGCUAGUAGAGAAGCUAGAUCUUAGAAGGAGCGAGCCUUUGAGGCAGAGGCUACACCAGUGUUUGGAGGAAGCCUGGAGUGGAUCGAAAGAUCUUCGUUGGUUGCCCAAAGCUGUAAGUAGCAACAGCCCCAGUGGUGCAUGCUGUACGUCCUGAUGAAGCACUGUGCAGCGCUGUUGUUUGCCCAAGGUGAGAAGACAGUUUUAGCUCAGGCCAGCCCAUAGGAGAACCGUUGUUGCAUUGUAUUGACAAUAUUGGAACACAUUUAGAAAGGUUCCUGAUUGAAUUAGGUAUAAAAUUUAAUGUCGUUUGUAAUUUACUACACUGUUUUAUUGAUUAUAGCAUCGUCUGACUUCUCUGGUGUGAUUCCUCAGCACACAAGUGACUCUUGCACAUAUACUGAAGUGGCUUUUCAGCUGCGACCUUCUUAGGGUAUAGACUAUUUACCAAAUGUGAAUUCUUUUCAGAACGUGUGAAGUUAUAUGGAAACUGACUGUGAAAUGUCAGAGGAAAAAAUAAAAGUCACUUACUUGAAAGCUA